AACUCAGCAAAGUGCAGUCCCUAGGGCGUCUAUCUAUAACAUCAGCACUUAACCGUUAUCUGAAGCGGACUUAUCAUAUUGCCAAAAUGGUUGAUGCAUUCUGUGCCACAUGGAAAUUGGUCGAUAGUCAGAAUUUUGACGAAUACAUGAAGGAACUUGGUGUUGGUUUCGCUACAAGGCAAGUUGGCAAUGUGACCAAGCCCACCAUUGUAAUCAGUCACGAAGAUGACAAAGUCGUGGUCAAGACCCAGAGCACCUUCAAGAACACCGAGGUCUCCGGCAAGUUGGGCGAGGAGUUUGACGAGACGACAGCUGACGACCGCAACGUUAAAUCUACCUUUACAAUGGAGGGAGACAACCUCGUCCAAGUGCAGAAGUGGGAUGGGAAGGAGACUAAGUUCGUCCGAGAACUCAAGGACGGGAAGAUGGUGAUGACCCUGACUUUCGGGGGAAUCCAGGCUACCCGUACAUAUGAGAAGGCAUAAGAUAGACUACCUCACAACCAGGGAUGUCGCCCGAGCAUGGGAAACCAUCAACCAAUUUGUUUUUGACUGUAUGCAAAAAUGUGCACCUGAUUGUUUUUUUAACAUGAAACAAAUGUAUUGGAAACUCAUCUUUUUUGGUAGCAAUCCAUUAACAUGUAAUACUGUAAUGUUUGUAAAGCUCUUUCAACCAUGGUUAUCAAUAAAUUACUUGUAUUACUAAA